GCGGCGCGGGGUGCGGACACUUCACUUUUCCACACUCUCUCCUAGAUUGUGUGCUAUCGCUGGAUGAGCGGAAGGCGAAGAACUUAAGAUAUAGGGAAAGACCUCGGCAGCGAGUUGAGCUAUUUUUGUAAAUCCCCCCCAUAACUCGAGCCACACAUGUGGCCAAGGCCAAGGCGAUAUGGUACAGAAGUUGUGGGAGGUGGAGAGACCAAAUUUGAAGAGGCAAACCAAAUAGCUGAAACCUGGAUGGAAACAAAUCACGAUGGCUUUUUAAUUCGAUAAUGGGUCAGUCGUAAACAAAGAGCUGUCGUUACUGGUCACUGAUAAGGUGAUCUUUGUACCCUUUAUAAGUACUCCUCGUCGCCGUCCGAUUCGUUGAUAUUGGCUUGAAUAGUUCUUCCCGACUGUGAGUCACUGGUGGUUAUCGAAGAAAGAACAGAAUUAGUCGAUUUCAACCGCUUAUAAAGUUUUAGAAACUAAUGAUAUUUAAAAUAUUGAAAAUUAAUAUGUCAAAGGAGGUUUACAUAUUAAUGCAAUAGUGCCGGCUUGAUUUUGAAAACAAUAUUUCUGAGUCAGGUUAAAUAAUUACUAAAUGUUCCAUUCGUUGUUUGGUUUUCAAAAGCAUGUUUGGCAUUUUGGGGGACUAAAAUUAAACAAAAAAUCGGGUUGGAUUACGAAAUUUUUGGGCUUUGGCAAACGGGACCAUGGAGAACGUGCGGUUUCAGGACGUCCAAGAGACUAGGCCCUCUCCGCCGCCAGCGAUGAGGGUGAUCCACAUGGACCUCAACGAGGAGGAGAGUCGUCGGCAAAUGGCGGCCAACAAGUAUGGAGGCAUCUGCUUCCACACCGCCAUAGCGGCCAUGCUCUGCAUCAUGCUGGUGGUGGUGUUCUGCUCGGCGCCCCUUGGGGACAACCUGACCAAUCGCACCGCCGAGGAGCGUUACGCCCGCCGGAGGCAGACUUACGUGGACAAGGAGCGACGCCUGAGACUUGGCAGCGGGAUGGCCUUGAGUGCUCUGGAGGAGGAGGCCGACGGGCGUCUGAUGGCCAUCAAGCUGGUGGACGAGGAGGUGCACAACCUCUGGCAGAACUACCACUCCCAACCACCGCCGUUCCUCAGGCACCUCAACAUCAGCGACACGAGUCUCUACGCGGCUUUGAAGAGCAUGCCCAAGGGCGGACUCCUCCACGUCCACGACUCGGGAAUGCUGAGAACGGAGAUUCUCCUCGAUCUGACCUACCACGAACACCUGUGGGUCUGCGUGAACUUGGAUCAGGGCUUCGAGGACUUCAGGUUCUCCCGCCACUUUCCGCACAUCCCGCCGGCGGAGGACUACCAGUGCAACUGGAUGCUGAUGAGCAACUUCUUCGAGUUCGAGCCUCGGACCGCGUUCGUGGACAGGCUGCGGGAGAGUCUCACCGUCCGCAAGGAGGGAUACAGCAGCUCCUCCGAGCUGGCUGGGCACCUGAGACGCCACCAGCGCCUCAUCCACGGAUUGAUCACGUUCCGGCCGAACUGGAGCGACUUCAUAUACAGCAUGCUGAACGACUUCUACGCCGACGGCGUGCAAUAUGUGGAGCUGCGUUCCCCGCUGCCAAUCCUGUACGAUCUGGAUGGCAAUAAUUCUACUAUUUUGGAAACGGCAGAGUCCAUUGUUUUGGUGUCGAAUAUUUUCAAGAACACUUACAAAGAUUUCAUCGGAAUCAAGCUGAUCUAUGCUCCUUCCAGGGACUUCAAUGACAGUCGCAUGGAUGAGUACUUAGCCAAUGCACGCCUGCUAAAGUUGCAUUACCCCAGUUUCUUUGCUGGCUUCGAUCUAAACACCUUUGGGGAUGAGUGCAAUUUGCCGACCUUGGGCCAGUCAGCUCAGCUUUUGAGGAUCGACAAGGACAUUGACUUUUACUUCCAUGCGGGCGAUUCGCGAUGUCCGGACAGUUUGCGGACGGAUGCGAAUCUCAUAGAUGCCCUUCUGCUGGGCAGCAAACGGAUCGGAAACUCCAUGAAUCUGCCCUUCCAUCCGGAGAUUAUGAGGGCGAUGAAAAACCUUAAAAUUGCCGUCGAGAUCUGCCCUUUGUCCAAUCAUUAUUUGCAGUACUUCAACGACUUCCGGCAGCAUCCGGCGGCGUAUUUGAUUGCCGCCGGUUUUCCCAUUGUGAUUGGAUCGGACUAUCCGUGUUUCUGGAACUCCGCCCCCCUGACCGACGACUUCUAUAUGGCCUUCGUGGGCGUGGUCAGUGGGUGGGGCAACCUGCGCCUGCUCAAGCAGUUCGCCAUAAAUUCGUUUCUGUACAGCUCGCUCAGCGAAACGGAGAAGAAUGUGGCCGUAACCAAGUGGCAGUGCAGAUGGAACCGGUGGGUCAGGAACUUCGUCAACGGUAGUGGAUAUGAAUAAGGAGUGGGCGUCAAGAGGGGAAAAAUUAUAAAAUUAAAUGAAACUGAAUGGUUUUUAUUGAACUUUGGUCAGACUAGAAUUGCGAUCGGUGGUAUAUUAAAAAACAGUUUUAUAAUAGGUCCUAAGUAUUAGGGCUUAAUAAGACUGUGUUGUUAAAUAAUAUCUCAAAA